AGUGCCAUUUUGUAAACAUUGAAAUUUCAUGAGAAGAAACUUCUCAAAAAAGUCGAAUUUAUAUCGUGGGAUGUGGACAAAAACCUCCGUGAAGUGGCUGUGAUGCGCAAGUAUUACAUAGGGGCCUUCAGCGCAGAGAAAGACUACACAAAACAAACAAUGGCCUCUCAGGGAACAUGGAGGAAGAGCUGAUCUCUAUUGUCCAGCAUGUCCAGUCCUGAGAGAAACAUGGGUUCCAGACAGCGAUUCCUUGAUGACGGACUGAACUAUGCCUGUCAUGUCGGUAACUGUGUGUUAGCUGAGAGCUGUCUAUCCAAGGGAGCGAGCGUGAACGCCUCCUGCCAACGUACCCGACAGAACCCACUUUACUCUGCCAUCCGUCAACAGAAGUUCAAAGUUGUCCAAGUGUUAUUGCAAUAUGGAGCAGAUGCCAAAUUAGGUCUCUCCUACCUUCAGUCUCAAGUGGCGAGUUCACCCUCAAUUUUGGAGUUACUCUUAGAAAGAGGAGCUGCGGAGGAUUCACAGUCUUGUACAAGCCUUCUGGAUAGUGCCUGUUAUUUUGGAAAUGAAGAAAUAGUGGACAUCGUCUUGGAUCAUUGUAAAAAUAAACUUGGAUUACCAGUAGCCGUUUUCAAGUCAAUGUGCCGUAAUCCCUUGUUUCAUGCCUGCAUGACGGAUAAGCGGUCAAUCAUCAUAAAGUUGAUUGCAUUUGGUGCAGACGUUAAUGUUGUGAAUAGCGUACGUUCAACUCCUCUACAUCGAGCCUGUCAGACUGGGCACAUUGAUCUUGUUGAUGCCUUGCUGCAGCGUGGCGCCCGCAUCACGGAAGAUGAAGAUGGUGAUACUCCUCUUGAUAUUGCAUACAGACUUGGCAGUAAAGAUAUUUUUAAGUUAUUAAUCGAUAAAGGUGCAAAAUCAGAACGUCUGAAGAGUUACCAGUUGCAUUUAGCGUGCUUUGUAGCAGAUGAAAGCCGAGUUGGAAAACUGCUGGAGAAGGGCAUGGAUCUUAAUGCAGCGGAUAUGAAAGGGCGGACCCCCCUCCAUUGUACCUGUUUUAGUGGUGAACCAAAAUUAGUCGACAAACUUCUCAAUCUUGGGGCGGAUAUUAAUGUGACUGAUGACGAUGCAACCUCUGCGCUUCACAUCGCUACGUUUCUCAACCAGUUCGGUAUGGUGCAGCACCUUCUGGAAUAUUCCUGUAAGAAACCUGACGUGAACGUCAUUACGAAAUUGGAAAAGUGGACGCCAUUACAUUUUGCAUGCUGUUCUGGUGAUUACGGUAUUGCUAAGCUGUUGUUAGAGAAUGGUGCUGAUGUGCAUGUUUUUGAUCGAGACAACAACCAACCACUAAGUCUCGCUUGUUGCCACGGUAGCCCUGCCACCAGUGGUCUCGUCAAGUUACUGUUGUCUUUUGAUGCGGACAUCAAUCUCUCUUGCUCACUUCAUAUGGCAUUGAAAAGUGAUGACCUUGAUGUAUUUGACCUUUUGCUUGAUUAUGGAGCUGACGUCACCAUACGAGGUGAUCAGGGAUUGACGCCCUUAGAAGUGGCGGCCCGGGAGGGAAAGUUGGAGUUCGUCAAGAAAUUAUUCUCGAGAUUUGGUGUGAUGAAAGAACCACACCGCCCACUUCAUGCAGCGUGUAUAUCAAGCCAACUCCAUGUUGUAAAAUACCUCAUUGAAAAAUGUCCGAUGUACUUGGAACAAAAAGAUUCCAAUGGCUAUAGCCCAUUCAUGUUUGUGUUCACAAGUGGUAUUGCAAGUUCCAUGUAUAGUACCCUAGAUUUCCUGAUCAAAUACGGUUGUGAUCUCGAUUGUCUUGAAAAAGACGAGGGUAAACUGCUUGCUAAAGUCUACAGAGAGAAUUACUACUACUUUACCUGUUUGAUUCAAGAAGGCUGCGGCAGCCUUAGAAAAGCCGGUAGGGUUCUGCUUGAUGAGAUCAUAAAGCACCGGGAUACGUAUUGUAUCCAUUUGUUGAUGCGAUGUGUCUUUCGUGUGGACAGUUCCCAGGUAAUUGCGCUUACAUCAGGAUUGGAGCCCGACUCGCCAAAAGCUGCUGCAGACCAUGCAGCAUUCAUCUCUCAGUUCCUCGACCUGACCUCCCAGCCAGUACUCCUGCAGGAUCUGUGCCGCUGCACAAUAAGAAAGUGCAUCAAGCAACAUCGACGUACACAGCUAGCAAAGAUAGGCCGUCUACCGGUCCCGACAAGACUGAAAGAUUUCCUGGCAUUCAGUGGUGAUGAGCAGUUUGGCUUCAGUGAGAUGGGUGAAAUUGUUAUCUAAACACACUGGAUAGAAUUGCCAGUCAUUCGACAAAAGAAGUGUGUGCUUGCUGUGCAGACUGGUUUCUGAUAAUUUCAUUUAUGGAAAUCUCAUGCUCAUUAGGGAGGUUUCGCAAAUCUCAUGAAAUUUAUUCUGAUUUGCAAGCUUUUGUUUCCAAAGAUAAUAAGCAACAUAAUUGCUAAGUAAUUGGCCUGGCGACGAGUGACCCGAUUUGAUUUGAUGGGUCACAUAUUAACUGCGAUCUCCAUCUUGACUUUGGCUGGAUCCAAAGAAAAUGAUCUGUAUGUAGCUUGAGUGCCUUUCGUAUUAGGAUAUUGUGAUCUAACGUAAGUUAAAAUGCUUGGCCACUGCACAUAAAAUGCAUGUAGUUGUAUCUAGUCAUUGAACUGUUUUUUUGUGUACCAUCAUGUAUUCCCGCUGAGCUUCAUAGGAUAUUCCUUAAAAGCAAGGGUGGUCGUACACAUCAUUGGCUGGUAUAGUGUAUUCAUAUACUGUCUCCUGGUACACAGUUCUGUUCUUUGCUGAAUUUUUCAGCCUAAUCAUGUCAGAAGGAUGUACUUAAUAGAAACCAUUGAAUAUUCCUUUGAGGACCAUCAUUGAAUCAGCGUCACGUGACAGAAGUUGAAACAGGGUACAGUACAAAUCUGGAAGUUUUGUCCCAGUUUCUGUCAGUUGUGGUGCCGAUUCAAUAGCCUCGGACUCGGAGGAGUUUUGUCAGACGUUUGCCUAUGUUUUCUUGCUGAGCUUUACUGAACGAGAUGAUAUAACUGUACAUGUUUAAAGUUGUUGUUUAUUUAUUGUUGUUUGUGAUGUUCAUGUAAAACUUAAAGGCCCAAUACAGCUGUUUAUGAUCCGAGUCAUAAUUGGAAUUGGAAUUAUCCCUUUGCAGUAAAUCAACCUGGUUAUAAUGGUUCUGUUUUUGACGAAAAUCUACCUUCUAAAUGUAUGGCGUUAGAUUCAACAAUCUCUGAAUAAUUUCAAUGAUUGUUACAAAAUGUUAGUUCUUAUGCAGCGCUUACUGUAGAACUGUACUGUCUCAAUCCAAAAAUGUUCCUAUAGAACCAAGGAGUGCACAUGCUCUGUUACACUUAGCAGGUAGGUGGCACUGGCUGCCUCGAACUUAUGACCAGGUUCAACUCCACUCCUCGAAAUACAUGUACUUUAACUAACUUCUGAACCAGCCAUACCAUUUCAUUACAGUGUGUUGUGCUAUAUCAUGUGGACCCUUAUUGAAUGCGUUCAUAAAGAUAAAGUCAUCAAUAAAGGUUAAA